ACUCCAAGUACACACACAGCACACCAUGGUGAUGACCACGUCCCCCUCGUUUGUCAAGGCCGGCGUCCUCUUCAAGAAGGGGUCGGGCCAAGGCCUCUUCAAGCGCCGCAACUGGAAGCCGCGCUACUUUGAGCUCAGCGAGCACCACCUGCGCUGGUACAGCUACCAGAACGGGACGCAGAAGGGCCAGCUCAACCUCGCCGCGCUCACAGUCGACGCACUCGAGGUCAUGCCGAGCGACGCCGUCAAGAAGGGCUCGUCGGCCUCGACGAUCUGGCGCAUUGCGAUCCGCAGCGGGUCGCGCCGCCUCCUCAUUUCCGCCGCCAACGAGUCGGAAAUGAACGAAUGGCUCCUUGCCCUCGUGGGCGUCCUCGGACCGUCGACCGCCGACGUUCGCAUGGCGAGCCCGUCCAAGAAGAUUGUGCUCGCGAGCGAACGCCCCGAGUACGUGGUCUGCAAGCGCCACUCGCGCGUGCACUCGGUGCGCAACAGCAGCUUUGCCAUGGUGCCGCUCGCCAAGCUGCAGCUGGUCUAAGCGAUCACGCGCUGGUAUUUAUGAGGACGCACGUCAAGCAAGACGACGACCUGUAUCGACGACUAUUUAUCCCAAAACUACUUAUCUAUCCAA